GGAAAAUCAGGAAACUGGAGGAUGUGGGGAGAGUAGAGAGAGCCUGGCCCAUGCCCUGCCAAGGUCUGCUGUUUGCCCUUCUCAUCCUUGCCUCAGUAUCCCCACCUGCACACAGAGGAGGCUGGUCUGGGUGGCCCCUCCUCAUGGGAUUGGGUAACAGCGAGGGAUCUUCAAACUCCAGAACCCCCUGGCUAGGGGUCCCCAGCUUGGGAAAAACUUUCUCCACCAGAGGCGAGGGAUAUGGAGGAGCGCGGAUCCCCCGAUGGGGACCCCGCGCGGAGCCUGGAGCAGGGGCCAGAGGGGCCAGAUACACCCAUCCAGGUGGUGCUCAGGGUGCGUCCCAUGAGCGCUGCCGAGCUGCGUCGAGGGGAACAGAGCGUGCUGCACUGCACAGGGGCCAAGACUCUGCAGGUGAGCCCUCCGGGCGGGGGCGCGGAGGUGGCGUUCCGCUUCGGGGCCGUGCUGGACGGGGCACGCACGCAGGAGGAUGUGUUCCGGGCGUGUGGCGUCAGGCGACUCGGGGAGCUGGCGCUGCGCGGCUUCUCCUGCACCGUCUUCGCCUUCGGCCAGACCGGCUCCGGGAAGACCUACACCCUGACUGGGCCUCCGCCCCAGGAAGAGGGGGUGCCCAUACCCCCCAGCCUGGCUGGCAUCAUGCAGAGGACCUUCGCCUGGCUGUUAGAGCGCGUGCAGCACCUGGGUGCGCCUGUCACCCUGCGGGCCUCCUACCUGGAGAUCUACAAUGAGCAGGUCCGGGACUUGCUGAGCCCAGGGUCUCCCCGGCCCCUCCCUGUUCGCUGGAACAAGACCCGGGGCUUCUAUGUGGAGCAGCUGCGGGUGGUGGAGUUUGGGAGUCUGGGGGCCCUGAUGGAACUUCUGCAGAUGGGUCUUAGCCGUCGAAGGAGCUCAGCUCACACCCUGAAUCAGGCCUCCAGCCGAAGCCAUGCCCUGCUGACACUCUAUGUCGGCCGCCAGACUCAGGCGCCUCCUGAGGAUCCCGGGGAACCCCCCACCGGUGGGAAGCUGUGCUUUGUAGACCUGGCCGGCAGUGAGAAGGUGGCAGCCACAGGAUCCCGUGGGGAGCUGAUGCUGGAGGCCAACAGCAUCAACCGCAGCCUGCUGGCCCUGGGUCACUGCAUCUCCCUGCUGCUGGACCCACGGUGGAAGCAAAGCCACAUUCCGUUUCGAGACAGCAAGCUCACCAAGCUGCUGGCAGACUCGCUGGGGGCGGGAGUCACCCUCAUGGUGGCCUGCGUGUCCCCCUCAGCCCAGUGCCUUCCUGAGACUCUCAGUACCCUGCGAUAUGCCAGCCGAGCUCAGCGGGUCACCACUCAGCCGCAGGCCCCCAAGUCCCCUAUGGCAAAGCAGCCCCAGCGUUUGGAGACUGAGAUAGCGCAGCUCAGGGAGGAGAACCAUCUCCUUCGGUCCCAACUGGGCCGGAUGGACCCCAAGGUCUCUGGACUCAGUGGUACCCGAGUGGCUUGGGCCCAGCGGAACCUCUACGGGAUGCUCCAGGAGUUCAUGCUGGAGAAUGAGAGGCUCAGGAAAGAAAAGAGCCAGCUGCAAAGUAGCCGGGACCUGGCCCGGGAUGAGCAGCACGUCCUGGCCCAGCAGGUCCAUGAGCUGGAGCGGCGCCUCCUCUCUGCCUGCUGCCUUCACCGGCCUGGACUCCGCCCUGCCCCACUGUGUCCCUGUGCCAUGGGGCCAGUUCCCUCCUGCCAUGCCCUGCCGCCCCUGUGCGCCUGCCCCUGCUGCCACCUCUGCCCUCUGUGCCGAGCGCCACCGGCCCACUGGGCCUGCCCACAGAGGGAGCUCCACCUGCCCCAGGUGUUUGGUGCUAAGACCCCAGAUGGCAUGAUCCUGCCUGCCCGGCCCCCACCCUGGGCACCCCCAUGCAGCAGCCAUGGCUCUGCCAAGUGCCCGAGAGAGAGGAGCCACAGCGACUGGACUCAGACCCGAGUCCUGGCGGAGAUCCUCACCGAGGAGGAGGUGGUACCUUCUGCCCCGCCCCUGCCCAUGGGGCCCCCGAACACGUCGCCAGUGCUGAGAGGUGGGGCCGCAGUUCCAAACCUGGCCCGGAGGCUGGAGGCCCUCAGAGACCAGAUCAGCAGCUCCCUGCGACGCGGCCGGAGCCAGCCACCCUCCCACGAGGGCACACGGAGCCCCAGCAGAGUCCUCCCUCCCCGCUGAGGGCUAGAUGGAAGCCCAGGAGACCACCGUGCGACCUGGGGCUGGGCUCUUCGCUCUGGAGCUGCGGUCUCCCCAUCUAUUAAACAGGGGUGACAGCUGCCGGUCUGUUCUGCAGGCUGGCUGGGCAAGGACAGUUCCUGAGGGCCCAGGGGUGAGGGCUGAAGGGCUGGAGGGGAGCGAAGGGAGGGUGCCACCCCAGACUAUGAGAAAUGAGACUGGAUUCAGGAGGAACCGGGCAGCAGGUCAUGAAAUGUGCAUACCAAUAAAGAGGCCGCAGCCCCAGGUC